AGCGGAGAGAAAACAGGAAGGGGGCACCAUUCACUCAUCGUGCAUUCACGCACGCCUCUAUUCUACAGGAACUAUGAUACCUAAAAAGGGGGCGACAAAAAAGGGUUUGAUACGUUGAUCUUCAUCACUCAAAUUCUCCCAUCCAUAACUAAUCCCUUUUUUCCGAUUUUCAAUCCAUCAAUUUCAUCCGAGUCGCUUUCAAUCCUUUCCAAAUUUCGGCGAUUUUUUGAUUUUUGUUUUGCCAUUUGUUGUCGUGUUGAAAAAUCAAAAGGAAUUUUAACCCUGUCGUAUUCAUGGGUUUGAAGAAUUUGUUUCAUCGGAAGAAGAAAAACGGCAAAGACGACAGCAGCCACAACGGCACAAAUCCGGUGUCUAAUAAGUCGCCGCCGGUGGCAUCGCGUACGAGCUCCUUCAACUCUCGCGAGCGGAUCGAGGAGGAGUUGGAACAAGUAUUCAAAAAGUUCGACGUCAAUGGCGACGGGAAGAUCUCGUGGUCUGAACUGGGAUCGAUAAUGGGAAGCCUCGGCCACCAGCCUAACGAGGAGGAAUUAAAGAACAUGAUCAAGGAGGUGGAUGCAGAUGGCGACGGAUUCAUAAAUUUGCAGGAGUUCGUCGAGUUGAACACGAAGGAUAUCGAUUCGGCGGAGGUGUUGGAGAAUCUGAAAGACGCGUUUUCUGUUUUCGAUAUUGAUAAAAACGGGUCGAUCUCGGCGGAGGAGUUGCAUAACGUUUUAGAGAGUUUAGGGGAGGAAUGCUCGAUCGCGGAAUGCCGGAAAAUGAUCGCCGGUGUGGAUGUUAACGGCGACGGCAUGAUAAGCUUUGAUGAGUUCAAGGUGAUGAUGAUGACCGGAACGCGCUUUGAUUCGAUCGGGUCUCAGAGACAUGUGGAGGUCAAGGACAAUUAAUUUUCUUAAUUUUAGUAGUUAAUAUUUGAAAAUAUUAAAAAAAAAAAAUCAGAGAACUCUUUUCUUUUUAGUUUUUAAUUCCUAUUUCUUGUUUUGAGUAUUCAUGAGAAGAAUCAUGUUUGAUGAUCCCCAUCAGUUUUUUAGAUUAUUUUUCAAGAUUCAUCUUAUUUAUAUUAUGACGAUUUAAAUGAUUAUUAUGAGUUGUUA